UCCAAGUAAUGUCUUGAAACAAAGCAUGAAUUUGGGUGUGAAUUUUGUUCUUAUUUCCAUUAUUAUUAUAUCAUGUUUUGUCUCAAAUCCAGCCAUUACCAUUAACAAUGGACGCGAUGGUUGAGCUUGAAUCUGCUCCACCCCUUCUCUCCAACCCCAACUCUUUCACACUUCCCUUUGUCUCCCAUGGUUGACCAAUCCCUCUCCCACGCUCUCUCCCUGCGCGUAUCUCCCAACCCACCGCCUCUUUUCCUUCUCCUCUCCUUUACUCUUCUGGGUAUCUCCCAUUCUUCCCAAAACACACUGAGAACCGAAAAUCCCCCAUCCCCUUCAAAACCCAUCUUCUCUUUUCGCCUCUGGUUUAGGGUUUUUGUUUGUUUUUGCAUUGUUCUAGUUCACUGAUUUUGGGGCUUCGGGCUUGGUUCGAUCUCUGAGAAGCGGAGGGUGUAUGGUUUUAAUUUUAGUAUUUUGAUCUCUGGAAUGUCAAAAUUGGUUUCUGGAGCAACCCCAUUUGAAAAUGACUCGGAUUCGGCAUCAAAUCUUUCAGAAAGAUGGAUUUCUGAGCUACCCUCCUCCUAUGCCGCCUUCUUCUUCUUCCCCUUUUGAUGUAAUUUACAAUAAGGAACCUACCCCACCAGCAGCGCCAUCUGCAACCUCGUCCGGUACGAGGAUAAGUCCAGCAGUUCUUUUUAUCAUAGUGAUUUUGGCUGUUCUGUUCUUCAUUUCUGGUCUGCUCCAUCUUCUUGUUAGAUUCCUUAUAAAGCACCCAUCUUCCUCAUCCUCCUCUCAAUCCAACAGAAACCCAGAACUGUCUCCUUCUGAUGCACUUCAAAGACAGCUUCAGCAGCUCUUCCAUCUCCAUGAUUCUGGUUUAGAUCAAGCUUUUAUAGACGCACUUCCUGUUUUUAAGUAUAAGGAGAUAGUGGGGCUUAAGGAGCCAUUUGAUUGUGCUGUUUGCUUGUGUGAGUAUUCUGAGAAGGACCAACUCAGAUUACUUCCUAUGUGCAGCCAUGCCUUCCAUGUUAAUUGUAUAGACACUUGGCUCUUGUCGAAUUCGACAUGCCCUCUUUGUCGAGGAACGUUAUUUAACCCUGGUUUCUCGAUCGAAAAUCCAAUGUUCGAUUUCGAUGAACUGGGAGAAGAAGCUGAAUGUGUUGGUAAUGCAGAUCAUAGGUUGCCUAAUUGUCAAAAAAGAAUGGAGAUUCAAGAGGUAGUGAAUGAAAAAGGAGGUUUCCCAGUGAAGCUUGGAAAAUUCAGAAGAAUGAACAUAGCUGAGGCUGUAGAGACCGAAGUUGGAGAGACCAGUAGUAGCAACUUGGAUGCUAGGAGAUGUUACUCAAUGGGAUCAUAUCAAUACGUUGUUAUAGACGCUGAGCUCAGAGUUCCCUUGUCUAGAGCUCAACAAGAGGGUGACCAUAAACAGCCCUUCAAAGGUACAGAACCAAAGGGCAUUGCAGAUUUGGAUGGGAAGAAGCUGAAUAGUGUAGCUAAAGGAGAGAGUUACUCUGUUUCGAAGAUCUGGCUUUGGUCUAAAAAGGGGAAGCAUCUGAGUUCUACUGAGCCGCAGAUAGGUAUGGAUUCUUCUCUUAAUACAGACUUGCCAUGGUUGAGGCAAACACAAGGGCCAUCAUAAAGAUGGCCUAAAAAACUCUGUUUUUUUCUGAAUGUUUGUUGUAUCUAUUUACAUUUUUGUGUUUGAGAUUUGGUUGGUGCUAACGUCUGAGGUAUUGAUUACAACAAAAGUGUUGGUAUCCAUCCAUAUGUCUUCCUA